UUUUUACAUAUCGAAUUAUUCAAUUAUAUAAAUUAUCACAGACCAAAUUUUUAAAUUUAAAUAUUUACGUAGUGGCUCAGCUGCCAGGCUCGCUAGUUGGGAACAAAUCAGUACGAGUGAAAUAGAUUUAAAUGAUUUAGGUAAGAAAAAUAAAAAGAAUGAUUCUAAUCCAAAACAAAAGAUUUCAAUUCUCAAUACAACUGAAUCAAAUCGGGAUAUUACUAUCCAAGAAACCAAACCUAUUCCAUUACAAAAAUGUAAAUCAAUAUGUACAGGUAAAAUUAGUAAUGCUAAUGAGAUCAAUAUUAAAUCCCUUAUUAAUCAAAAUGAAUUAUUACGUCAAGAUAAUGUAAAUUUAUUAAAAUAUGUAAAUAAAGAAGAAAUAAAUGAGAGAAAAUCCAAUGUAAAAAAGCCAGCAAGUACAACAUAUAUACAUGGUCACCAUGUGAAAUUUUCACGUCCACAUAUUAAACGUUUUACAUCAUUUAGAACAUCACCGACAUCACCAACAGCAUCAUCAUCAUCAGCAGCAUCAUCGACAACAUUCAAAUCGAUAACUGCACCAAUAAAAUCUUCUUCAUUAAAUAAACUUAGUGAAUGUAUACCGUUAAAAAAUAUUUUUCAUUUACAAACUUCUUCAUCCAUUCCAACAUUGAAAUCAUCAACUAAUGGGCUUAAUACUGUUUCGUGUAAUAACUGUAAUGUUAUCAAAACUACUAAUACAAACAAUAAUAGUAGCAUUAUUUAUGAAGUAAAACCAUCCUCAUCUGUAGAAUAUUCUGAUCAUAUCUUACGUGUUCCAGUACUUGGUAGUCGUCAGUCUGGUAAAACUACAUUAGUUAAACAAUUUAUUAAUUGUAUUGAUCCUGGAAAUCCUUUACCUACUUGUAAACGUCCAGAUUAUUAUGAUCCAAUGAUAUCAUUUAACGAUCGUAUUUAUUAUGUACGUUUAAUAGAUUGUCCACCAAUUGAUAAAAAAUUUCCAACAAAUUCUAUUGAUGAAUGGGAAAAUUAUCGUGGUUGGGGAUUAAGAAAUGCUUCAGCAUUUAUUUUAGUAUUUGAUGUUAAUUCAGAAUCAUCAUUUCAAUAUAUACGUCAAUUACGUGAUCAAAUUGUUAGUGAAUUCAAUGAUAUACCAUUGCUAUUAGUUGCAAAUAAAAUUGAUUUAUUACAACAAAUGGCAAAUGGAUUUAAUACAAAUAACUUUAUACCAUCAUUUUAUUCAACACCUUCUACAUCAUCUUCAGCAACCAUUAUAUCAACACCAGGACAAUCACAAAUCACUCAUUUCAAUAAUUCUAAUUAUCGGUUUAAUAUACGUCGUGAUAUAAAUAUGAUUAUUAAAAAACAAUGGAAACGUACUAUACUUGUAGAAUGCUCUGCUAAAUAUAAUUGGCAUGUUAUGAAUGUUUUUAGAGAAUUAAUGCGUAUUUUAGAGAAUAGAGAACAAGCACAUAAACCUACUGCAGCUAGAGCAGUACAAAAUGCAUUAAGAAAUAAUCAAUGUUCAAUAAUGUGAUUCUUCUUAUUCUUUCCUUAUCCUUCAGUGAAUAAAUGAAUGAAUGAUAACAGAAGUAAGGUACACUUACUAUAACUGCGCAGAAUUAUGUAAAUUAAUUGAUUAUUUUUUAUAAACACAGAUGACGAUGAUGAUGAUGUGAACAAUUAAGAAAUUGUAUCCACAUAAAAAAACAGUCCAGUUCUAGAUAUUUCGAGUUAUUUUUCAGUUUUAUUUCUGCUUCUAUUACUUUUGUUAAUCUUUUUUUCUACUUCUUACUUUCUUUCCCAUUACCUUCCUUCAUUUGAUGAUUAAGUUUAUAUCAUUAGAUGGGAUAUUUUAUGCAGGACAAUGAAGGGGUUAUAGCAAC